UUCUCCCAAAUCCCAUCAUCCCAUUUGUCCGGAUCUUCUCCUGAACUUUCCCAGAUCAUGAGAAGAAGAAAAAGCACCGAGGGAGAAAAGAAGGUUGGACUUACAGAGCGUGAAUCCAGGAUUAGAGGAAAAAAAGCAAAUACCUUGUUCCACACUGGGGUGGACGUCCAAGAGGGUUAAGACUCCAAACAAUAGAAGUCAAUUACAACCCUGGACCAGCGGUCUUUGAUGGAGGAAUGAAGGAUUACUAGAUAAGUACAUGAAAUACUUGAAAGUAGAAUUCCUACUAUAUGUUAUCCAAACUUUGUACUUUUAAGUAAAUAAAGCCAAGUGUGUGUUUUUAUAGAGUGGCGUUCACAGGCCUCUAAGAUAGUCAAGAAGUUUAUGUGUGUUUAUGUGCUUUUAGUCAGAAUGAGGAAACCAACAUGGAGUUCACAAAAAGAUGUGUUUUUUUACCCUAGAGUUUUUACUGCACCAGCUAACAAAGAACAGAAGCUCCAUCUCUCUGACAAUCUUCAAACUAUUCUAUCAUUAAAAAAAGUAAAGAACAUUCAGGACACACAACAAAUAUCUCUGUGCCUAAGGUCAAGCAGAUGACCUUUAAACCUUCAUUUAGUUUUGCAUCAGUAACUACAAUGAUACAGUGAUGGAUGUAGACACACAGACUCAGUACCACUGCUGCUUAACCCUGUCCAUUCAGGAUGUUUAGAUAAACAUACAGUCAAACUGACGUAAGUAAGGUAUUUGUGUACAUAUGUUUAGUUUAAUGACUGAAGGAAAAGGGAGUUUUGGGGGCUUUAGUGCAGACACAACCGGUGUUCAAAGGCAUCAGUCUCUGACUGGAUGAAAGACCAAAAAGCUGGAGAGUCGCCUGAGGGUCAAAAGAUCAGAGAGGGAGAAAAAAAAAACUGCAGAGGGCCAUGAAUCGGAAAGAGGCUGAGACUCAAGGCCAAGGUCUCACACACGCACGCACACACACACACACACACACACACAGGUGUUGUUAAAUCUUUGUUCUUUCUCCCUCUGGGCAGACAGACGAGUUGAUGACAGGGUGCAUUAGAAUUUAAGAGCCACGGUCAAGAAAAUCUUUGUAAAAAUAUGUGGUGUCCGUCACAAAACUUGGAGGACGAUGAAAUUAAUCAACUGAAUUAAACUGAAUCAAUGAUAGAUUUAUAACCUGAACGGUGACUGUAGGUAAUGUGAUAUUGAAUCAGAAGCCAGUGGAGCUGCUGCAGGACAGGUGUGACGGGGUCGGUGGGGGGAAUUUAGACUUUGAAGUUUGGAUUUAAUGGUCUGGUUUGCAAAUGACCUUAACCUUAAAAAGACCGUGAUAAAGAUUUUUAUUACUUGAAGGGUUCGUUUUCUAAUCAGACACUGCGGAUCUGAUCAUUUUAAUUUUAACUUAAUUGAAUUAAAAUGGUAUAAAAUUCAAAUUUAACUUAAGGAGAACUCACUGUCUAAAGCGAGGGGGGGAAACACACGUGGUGCAGCGCUGACUCAGCUUGGAUUGGUUUAGAAUAAAACCAUGAAACGUUAUUAUGUUUCAUGUCUCAUACUCGACUCGAACACACACAGAGACACGCACACAGACACACACGCACCGCUCCACGCCCACAGGGUGUAUAGAGAGGCGGGUGUGAGGCGAGUCCUCUCUCUGAAGUCAACACACUCCCAAACGGCACUAACAUUCCAGGACGCACGGGGAUCGCGCGUAAAAGCGAAAACUCCGUGAAAUUCACGAACAGAAUGAUUUCGCUUUUAUGAUGUUUCAUCUCUAAUCUCUCUGCAGUCUCAGACUGUUUUUCCUUCUUCGCUCUGUUGUUUUGGACCUGUUGCAGCGCAGCGGAAUAGUUUCCUCCGGAGCCAACGAUGUCGCUCGGGCAUCUUUGGAUAACAGCGCGCCACGCUUUGGAUCCAUAAUGUAAAGAAUCUCGAGGAAAGAACGGAAUAAAGGAAGACGCUGCAUAAAGACCGGACUGAGCUGUGAGCCGUCAAGUUUGUUCUCGUCUCCAAGGAUGUGGUGCAGGAUGGUUCUGUCAUCUGCACUGCUGCUGCUGGCUGUUUUGGCCCCAGGUUGGGCAGUGGGGUCCCCUCAUCACUCAUCAGACGGCCACACCAGUCAUCUCACUCUAGAGAAAAGCCUUGGUCGUUCAGUCAAAGACUUUCGGUGCCAACACAUGUUGAAGCAUCUUCACAAUGGAGCGAGAAUCACUGUGCAGAUGCCCCCCAACGUGGAGGGUCACUGGGUGUCAACCAGCUGUGAGGUGAGACCAGGGCCAGAGUUCUUGACUCGCUCCUACAUUUUCUACCCUAACAACACCUUCCAGGCUCAUCAGUUCUACUACGAGGACAACCACUGCACCCGACCCACGUACACCCUGGUCAUCAGAGGGCGUCUGCGCCUGCGUCAAGUCUCCUGGAUCAUCCGCGGAGGCACCGAGGCAGAGUACAACCUCCAUCACGUACAGAUGGUGUGUCACACGGCCACCGUGGCCAAAGACCUGAGCCAGAGGCUUCUCCCCAGCUGCCCAGGGGCAGUAAAGGGCCCCUGGGAGCCCAAUGUCAACUACGAGCUGUGGAGCGAGGAGGGCUGCUACAACUGCUCCAAGGAGCUCAACUUUGCCAUGCACGAGCUGCAGCUGCUGAGGGUGGAGAAACAGUACCGGCAUCACAACCUGGACCACAUGGUGGAGGAGCUGUUUCUAGGAGACAUCCACACUGAGCCCUCACAGCGCCUGUACUACAAACCAACCAGCUAUCAGACGGCUCUGCAGAACACCAAGAACCAUGACAACAGCUGCAUCGUCUGUCGUAUCAUCUACCGCUCCGAUGAGUUCCACCCGCCCAUCCUGCCCCCACGUGCCGACAUCACUGUGGGUUUGUACGGUCAGUGGGUGAGCCAGCGGUGUGAGGUCCGCCCCGAGGUUCUCUUCCUCACCCGCCACUUCAUCUUCCAUGACAAAAACCACACAUGGGAGGGCUACUACUACCACUACUCCGACCCCAUUUGUAAACACCCCACCUUCACCAUCUACGCCAGAGGGCGCUACAGCCGAGGACUCCACUCCACUCGGGUCAUGGGUGGGACAGACUUUGUCUUCAAAGUGAAUCACAUGAGAGUGACGCCCAUGGACUUGGCCACCACCUCCCUCCUUAACGUCUUCAGCGGUGACGAGUGUGGAGAACAGGGGUCAUGGCAGGUGGGUGUGGAGCAGGACGUCACCAAAACUAACGGAUGCGUGGCACUGGGGAUACAGCUCCCACACACCGAGUACGAACUCUUUCGCAUGGAGCAGGACGCCCAGGGCAGCUACCUGCUGUACAACGGUCAGCGCCCCAGUGACGGCUCCAGCCCGGACCAGCCAGAGAAGCGGGCCACAUCCUACCAGAUGCCCCUGGUGCAGUGUUCGGCCAGCAGCCAUCAUUUUGACUACAGCCCUGGAGGUGAUGUUGACGGACCUCUGCAGCACCGUAACGGCUGCAGUGGGUGGAGCGCAGACAGCCAGGAAGUGGUCACGCUGACUUUGAUUGUCUCUCUCACAUCUUUACUCUUUUCCUGUCAGAGCUAGAGAGCAGCUGGACAACAACAGGUCAGAAAGGAGGAAAUAAUAAAAAAACUAUGAACAAAUAUUAACUUCUGAGGAGGAUGACGAAUGGUGCACUGAUCCUCUGAACUCCUUGCCAGUUACCAGAGACUCUGAAACUGCUGCACCACAGACACUGCACUUUACAGGGAAACCAAAGACUGACUUCUGUCUGCGUUUGGAAAAACACACAAAAAUGUCUGUAUAUCCACACAGACUUGAAAGUAUUUCAUACAGUGUAUUUACUGACAACUAGUGAGUCAUACCAAAUAAAACAAUAUCUGGUGUAUAACAAUGUUUUUCCAACACACUGACAGUAAAGAUACAGUUUAUACUCUACUCGUGAAUCAUUGUCUACAGUAAAUUGAACUUCUGUUUGUAUUAAAGCAAUUCUUUAUUAUUA